CUUGGCCUGGCCACUUCAUUUUUCACCGACAGAAAUCGCAAUAUCGGCCAGCAUCUUACGGCGCUCUUAGUUGAGACGAAUCAAGAAAUACCGGAUUGGCUUGAAAAAAUGGGUGGUGAAGGCUUUCGAAGUUUUUCAAAGUACGGCGAUAAGACGCGCGUUGGGCGUUUUGGUGGACGUGAUCAACGUUCGCAAUACAAUUCUGGGAAUAGUAUGGGGUUUCAUCACAUACGUUCAGCGCCAACAAUACAGGAUCCAGGAAAUGAACGGCGAUCCUUACAGUGGUCCAGUACAUCAAACAAUUUUAAGCCCUUCUUCGGUCGUGGUGACAGUCGUAGUGGUUUUAUGAAUUCAGCGGGCUCUAAUGCUUUUCAAAGUAAUACUUCGUCGGUACCGCCUGCCCCGUAUAAUCGUGGAACGGCUCACAAUAAUUUCAAUUCGCCAACACACAACAUUGCUGGGGAUCGCUGGAAUGGCGGCAUAAAUUCACAACAUGGACGAUUUACACGAGAGGAAAACAGCUCGUUUGGAAGGCGUUUUGGAGCGCUGGAAUCACAACCGGCGUUUGGUAAUUGGCAACGCUGA